GUUGUUACUUUGGCUUACUUCGAAUUUAACCUUGUAAGGAUCAGGCAAAUUCGUUUCUCAACGUAAUCAUUUAUAUGAAGAUUGUUGUAAAAUAAUUAAACAUGAAAGCUGCUCCCGAUCCAAAAGACAUCCAGGAAUUUCAAUUUAAACAAUCAAACAUUUACCAACUUCUAGAUGCAUUCGCAUCCAUACCAACUACAUGCAGUUUAUUGGCUGCAGAUAAGAAAAGAGGAUUGUUAUAUGCAGGACAAAAUAAUAAAAUUUUUAUAUUAAAGCCAAGAGAAAACAGUGAUCCAGAAUGGAAGAUAGAAUUUAAUAUGCCUGGAGUUGUAUCUAAAUUAGCACUUAAUUGUGAUUGUUCUUACUUAGCUGUGGCACAAGAUGGACCUAUGAUUUUAAUUUAUGAUGCACAAGCACUUACCAAAAAUUUAUUUUAUAGCUUGCAAUUACUACAUGAAAUUAGAGUUUCUGCAUCAAAUGCAGAUGUACUUGUGAAUGAUCUACGAUGGAAUCCUGCUGUACCAGGAAUGUUGUGUACGAUAGCUAGUGAUUAUACAAUUGGUAGUUUUAAAAUAAAGGAAAAGGAAAAAGAAACAGUUGUACUGAAAACUUUAGAAAAAUUUAACGAUGGUGACUUAAAUGCUCUAUGUGCAGCAUGGAGUCCAAAAGGAAAACAAAUUGUUGUGGGUUGUGUAAAUGGUAGUAUAGUACAGCUUAAACCUGAUUUAAAAAUAGCAAGAACAAUUCCUGGUCCUAAUCCAUCUAUUGGAGAAGUUGUUAGUAUUUUGUGGAUCAGCAAUUAUCAAUUUUGUGCUGCUUAUGCAAAUUUAGGUACAGUGGAAAUUAAUGUUCUUAUAAUUGAUGCUCCUAAAGGAGAAACAAAUGCUAUUUUUACUUGUUAUGAAGAUAUUACUUUUGGAGUAACAGAUACAGAAGGAGAAGGAACAGUUCCUCAUUAUUAUUUUGAUCAUGUACCAGAAUGGGGUUUAAUUAUUGCUGCUAGCAGCAAUAGUACUGAAGUGGCUGUAUUAGGAUCUGUAGAUAAAGGUGUCACUUGGUAUCCAUGGCAAUUAGUAGAUAGUGGUAGAGCUGAAUUACCAUUGAUUUGCACUACAGAAAGCUAUCCAGUAGGUUUAGCUAUUGAUAAAUCUCCUACUAAAAAAUUACCAUGGGGAGCAGAUUCUACUUUACCUCAUCCAGUUCCCAUGCUACAUAUCCUUGCAACAUCUGGACAAUUGUGUAGUUUUCAUAUGGUGAAUUUGACUCCGAAUUGUCCGCCUAUCAAUUCGCCGCCAACGGAAAUUAUUGCAACUCCGCCACAAGCACGAUCGAGCGCUGACCUCGAAACAUACCUUAUUAUGACUGGUGUAGCGACUAGUACACCACGAGUUAAGCAGCCAGAAAAUGUUUCUGAACGUUCAAAACCUAUUGCAGGAGGAAGUAUUUUUGAAAAAUUUACUCAAGGCAAUAAUUUUAUUACACAGUCUGUAACUGAGAAACCAAAACAAGAGCAGAAACCUGAACAAGUUAAUACAGGAUUGAAAGUAGAACCAAUUAGAGAAAUUCAACCACAAGAAAUUGUAAAACCAGAUGUUAAAUUAAUGCCUGUAAAAGAAACAAUUAUGCAAAAACCUGUUGUCCAAAAACCAUCUCCAGAUGAUGAUGUUAAAGAUAUUCGUGCAUAUUUAGAAGAACAUAAUUUAUUUGAAAAGGAAUUACAUAAUAGAUUAGAACCCCAAACAUGGGAAUGUGGCACUGAAGAAGAAUGUCGGAAACUUGUAGAUACAUCUAUUAUAAUAGAUCAGUUUCUGCGAGAAUUAAAAGAAACAACAAAUAGUUUAUCUAGUGAUAUUGCAUAUCUAAAAGCAUUGCUAUUACAGUCAUUUGCUUGGGUUGAAGAAACAAAAUCAAAAAAUGCAGCAACUAAUGAUAUUACAACUAGAAAUUGUGGAGAUAGUAAUAAAAUAUCAGAUCUACAAAAGCUUUAUUAUUAUACUCAAACACAACUAACUCAAGCUGGUAAAAUCUUGGACUUAGAAUGGUCGAAUCAUAAAUCCCAAGAAAUGUCACGAAUGAAAAUUCCUCAUUUGGAAUUUGUAUAUCAAAAUCUUAUAUUACAUAAUAAAAUUAUCCAUGAAGAGAAAAGUAAAAUAGAGCAUCUUAAAAAACGAUGGAAAUUAAUUACUCGUAAUAAUAGUAUUUUUGGAUUAAAUCGUUCAUUGUCUAAUUUAAGCAUUACAUCAUCAAAAUCUUCAGCUACUCUUACAAGAAAUACAGGAAUCAUAGAAGCACGAUGUAAAACAAUCGCUUCUAAAACUUUGAGUUUUACUCAAGAAAAACAGGUUAAGUUAAGAGAACACUUAUCAAAUUCUACUCCAAGAAUCAUAAAACCUGUUAAUCCUUCACCUAUUCAACAUCGUUUGGAAGCUACUUUGUCCUCUUUAGCUUCUCCCAAUAUGACUACUGUUAAUAUUAAAAACAAAGUAGAACAAGCAAUUUCCAAACAAACUUCAAUUACUAAACAACAAAAUGUUGAGAAAACAGAUCAGCAAAGUCCACUAGCUUCUUUGAAUAGCAUUGUAGCAAGGAUUGGCACAAGUGAAUCUAUUAACACAUCAACACAAAACAAAAUGCAAAGUGAACAACCAGGUUUUGGUAUUACUUUCCCACCUAUACCUGGAAGUAAACCUGUACAAACAGAGAAAAUAUCUAGUACACCAGCAAUUACUACAGUAACUCAAAGUACUAAACCAAAACAAGAUACUAUUACAUUCAAUCAGAGUAACAUUUCUGCUCAUACUUCGCCAAAUUUAAUGAAACCUUUUUCUAAGGUUGAUACCAGUUCAUUAGAUACAUCAAUACAAAAGUCUGAAGAAACAGCUGCACAAAAUUCAACCAUUCAACCAGUAUGGCUGUAUACUAUUAAGACAGACAAUAAUUUGUUUGGUACUAAUUCAUUAAAAGAUGCAUUACCAUCAGAAACUUCAUCAGAAGAAAUACAGACAACUACUUCAAACACUGGAAUGACAAUAUCUGUGACAACAGCAGCAAAAACGAAAGCAGCAUCUACAUUCAAUUUUGCUAGUUCAACUACUACCCCUGCAUCAAUAAAAAGUACUUCACAAAGUACAUUUGUUGCACCAGAAACAAAUGCACAAACAUUUUCUUUUGCAUCAAAACCUUCAAACAUUAAUAGUCCGUUCAACUUGAAAAUAACAUCACCAACAACAACAUCUCAAACACAAGAUUCAUUGAGUUUAACAACUGCAUUUACAAGGCUACAGACAUCUAAUGAAGCACCUAAUGUAUCUAGCAGUAAUACUAAUAUUGAUGAGAAAUAUAACUACAAACCAUCAUUUGGAACACCUAGCUUUCAAAUGUUAUUAGGACAAAAUACAUCUAGCGGAAAUCAAAUUUCUAUAAAACUUGUAAGCGGAGUUCCUUCCAAAGCAACCAUUGCAACUACAUCUUCUGUUACGAUUGAGGAAAUACCUCCUACUGAAUCAAAAACAUCUAACCUUCCAACAAAUUCUGUCCAAAGUUUACCUGCAUCUUCUACUACUCCUUCAUUUAGUAAUCAGACAAAUACAUCAAAUGUUUCUAUAUUUGGAGGAAUGCCAAAUUCUACUCCAACUACAACCACAUGUACUGUUACAACUGUCACACCUGCUGUACAAACUACAACUACUUCAUCCAUGUCACUAUUUGGUAAUUUCAGUACUAUCCCAACAGCAAGUACAACAACCAAUACAAUGGUAACAACUUCUGGUACAGUGUCUUCUUUUGAUAAAGCUACCAUUAAUUUAGGUACAGCAAACUCUACCAAAGCUGGUACUACGAGUUCAUCUACAUUUACUUUUGGAAACAUUGCAACAACUUCAGCUGUUUCAGUUUUUGAUAUACCUACUGUUACAAUGACCUCUCAGUUUCCAAAUAUGCCAGUUUCUUCAGCAGAUGAUAGCUUUGCAAAAAAAGCUUCUAUCUUCGGAGGGAAUACAACAUCGACCAAUACGUUUGGAACGCCUCAAGUAUCCAUGUUUGAUAGUAAUGCGCAAAAAUCAGACUCCAUAUUUGGUUCGACGUCAAACACAGGUUCUACAUCAUUUUUUGGUGGUACAACGAACAAUGUUACCCCAGGAUUACCUUCACCUGGACCUACAUCUGUAUUUGGUGUUACUUCAACUAACACGUCGCCAAUGGGUGUAGAACAACCUGUAUUAGGUGCACAACCUGCAUUUGGGCAAGCACCUUCAUUUAAUACAAACCCAGUAUUUGGAUCACCAUCAAUAUUUGGAACUCCAAACCCACCCUUUGUUGGUGGUUUUGGAACAAUAGCAUUUGGAGUCAGUGCUACUCCUCCAACAUUCGGAAGUCCACCUACUCUGGGAGGAAAUUCUGCUCCAAUUAAUAACAAUAUGCCGGAACUUUUCGGAAAUAUAGGUGGCAAUAAUACGUUUGAAUCUUUGGCAAGUCAAUUGGGCGUACCUAGUUUCAGUAGUUUAGCACAAAAAAGCGUAGACGCACCAAAAUCUCCAGUAUUCACUAGUGGGAACUCUUUCUCCACCUGGCGAUAG